UAUCGUUCUCCAUUGCUUUUUCUCUCUAAACCCCUCUUUCUUCUUUUCCUCUUUUUUUUUUUUUUUUUUAAACGUUUUCUAGGUUCCCUUCUGUCGUGACAUUCGUUAUCGAUUGUCUGAAUUUGUCCCUUUUUUUUAAGUAACAAAUUAUUUUUCUGAAUAUUUGCGACUGUUGAAUUCAGUGUGGGGUUGUGAUAAAGCCCUUAUAUUUUCUGGGUAUUUUGAAGUUAAUUUCGUUCUUGAUGUGUUUAAUUUGUUAAUUUGACUCCAGCUAUUUUAGUUUGAUGCAUUGAGCAAUGAUCAUGCCUUUUUCUUGCGCACGUGAAAUUAUUUUUGUCAAUUGGGUUCGGUGACAAUAAGAUGAUCACUUCCUUGUUGCAAAAUUUUGAGCUUCUCUUCUUCAUUCAUUUAUUUCCUUUAGAAUAUUUGGCUACUGUUCUGGACUAAUCUUACAUAUCAUUAGAUAAUUGUGAUUUGGACUUGGAUCUAUAAAUUCUCUGUAUUUGUGCAAGCAUUUACUUUUCACAGUUCUGGAAUUGGUUUCAAAUUUUGGAUAUUAUUUAUUUAUGCUCUUGAUAUGUUAUGGUCUAUUUGAAAAAUAGGUUUUGAGGUUCAAGAUGACGGCAAGGUUUGCUUUUUUCAGUUAUUUUCUUCCGUUGGCUUAUUUCCCAGAAGCAAAAUUUGCUUAUUUUAAUAACACGACAGGUAUUUGUUAGCUGCUUAAAAUGGAGACACGGGUAGACUUCUUUAGUUGGCUUGAUUACGACAUGUUGAUGAGGAUUCUCAUGUGUUUGGAGGAUCCAUCUGAUCUUGUUCGUGUUAGUUCUGUUUCACGUUCCUGGAGAGAGUUUGAAGUUGGAUGCAGCAAAUCUGUAGAAUGGGAAACUCUGGAGAGGGAACACAGAGUUUAUGCUUUUUUAGCUCGAGGCUGUACAUUAUUUGCUCGCAGAGAGGAUUGCAUUGCUGGUGCAUUAAGUGCUUCUAGCACUGAUAAUUAUCCAGAAGAAAGCAUUCGUAAUACUCUUGAACCACAUGACAGAGUUUUAAGGAGAGCUUCAUACUGGUCAAGUAAAGGACAAAGUAAUCCUGCAGUGCCUGAGACACUUACAUAUAAGCUAGUUGCCGAUAUUUGUGUCAUCACUGAAAUCAGUGUGCGACCUUUUCAAGCUUUUUUUCAGUGGGGUUCACCUAUAUAUUCUGCCAAAUCAGUGCGCUUUCGAAUGGGUCAUCCCAAAGCCCCAGUGGAUGAUCCCAUGGGUGAGCCAUGUGAUAAUUUUGCUGAUGACAAUUUCGUAUGGACUUACACUUCACCUGAAUUUGCAAUGGCUCAGGAGAAUCGCUUGCAGAAGUUUGAGCUUCCAGAGCCUGUUCUUUGCAUAGGUGGAAUUCUACAAGUUGAGCUGUUGGGUAGGGUUCAGAAACAAGAAAUGGAUGGUUUAUUCUAUAUAUGUGUCUCUCACGUUCAAGUUGUGGGCCGACCAUUAUCACCUCCAUUUAGUGUUGAAAUUCUAGAACCCUCUGGAAAGUUUGUCUUAAAAGCAUCGAGCUACACACCACCACUCUUAGCUGAAAAUGGAUCCUGUCCAGGUCCUAAUGCAUAUUUUGAGGGGCCUGCGAGAGAUCUAGAGCAGAUCUUGCACUUGCUGCGGGGAGAAGGUGUAGUUGUUGAGUAUGAUUGGAAUGAAGAGGACGAAUUAGAUGACGAAAUGGCUCUCUGAGCUUAUUUACUAGAAUAAAUUUUAACUUUCCUGGUCCAUGCUUUUGGGAUGAAAUAUAAAAUUAAAGUAUGGACCUAAGUGAGAGUGGAUCUGGGAACCCUUUUUCUGAUCAAGAUGUGCAGUACCUGUUAUGCGGAUAAACAUCACUUCCAUUUGUUUUCUUUGAUUUUACUACCCACAUCACCUUGUUGUCUCUGUUUCUAUUUCUCUAUUUCCUGGGGAAUGAAUGUAUGUGGAACAUAUUAAAAUAAUGAUGGGGCGGCAACGUUGGGUUUCCUGUUGCAACAAACCUACAUAUAGGAAAGUUUUCACAUGCAACACAGAAGGGUUCUAUAGUCGAUUAUAAUCAUACACAUUAUGCUAUCUUAUGCAACUUAGUAGGAAUGUGGUUUUUAUUUUGA